AUGGCGACAGCAUCUUUAGGCGCCAACUCUGCGUCCUCAAAACCCCGAACCAAGCUGCUAGCAGCCCUACGAAAAUCAGACUCGAGCGACUCUUCGGAAAGCAGUGCCGACUCCGCCAGCGAUGGAUCUGAUUCGGAGGAUAUGCCUACCACCACCAGCUCUCUAUUGGAGCCACGGCCACAGCCCAAAGCGCAAUCGCCCGAGGCAGAAGAAGAGGUGGAUGCCGAAAGCGCGUACCAGCGCAUGAAGCAGCGGUUGGCGGCGGAGAAAGAGUCGCAGCAACAACGAGCUCAGAAAGAUGAGCCUGUCAUUGUCGCGGCUCUCAGCAGCGACGACGAAGAGGAGAUGCCGACACGGAAACCUGUUCGUAAAUCCAUAUUAGCGAAGCAGCAGCCUUCCAGCGUAAACGCAUCGCCAACGCCCAGCGUUCGAUCUCGCCAGUCGUCCCCUGGUCUUUUUGUUUCACCACACCCCUCUCCGGUCAAGAGGCGAUCUCCAAUCGGGGCCUCUGCUGAUUCCAAUUCAGACCCCUCCUCACAACGCGCCGCUGCCGCUGACCUGCAGGAUCGUGUAAAGCGUAUCAAAGCCGAGAGGUUGGCAAAGCAGAAAGAAGAAGAAACUCAACGGGCAACGAAGCCGGCAUCCAGGCGUUCACCAGACCAGGAUGCUGGUAGUGACACCGAUGGCGAAAUCGACAGGCGAUUGACUCAGCAGUCUAAGCCUACUCGAAGGGCAGGCAAGAAAGCGCUGGAAGCUAUGGCUCGCGACCAGCAACGAAUCAGUCGUAACAUGCAACUGACUCAUCAGUCGAAGACGAAGAAGCGAUAUUCAACAAAAGACCUAUUCACCAAAUUCGGGUUCAACGCGCCAAACGACGGAACAGCCACGGCACCGCCUACCCCAGAACCCAUAUCAGCGCUUGUAUCUUCGGACAUCGAAGCUCAGCCAAUACACGACACACCGCCCACGAGCCCACCACAUCAGGACGGUGCCACAGAGAAGGCUAUGCUUGAAGAUGGAAACUCCACACCAAAGGCAACGGUCAUCGAGCAAGCGGAUGAUGCUACACCCGUACCCACAAGAACAGAUAAGGGUAAAGGUCGAGCACCAGAGUUUGCACACCUCCCUACACGGACUUGGGGAACACAUGCACAGCCAGUGACCGUUCAGCAUGCUCAAGUACGAGCCGUCACGCCUCUGGAUGACGCCAUGGUUGAACUGUCCGACUCUGACGAUGGUGCUAAGGCAGCGCCGAAGAGCAGAUUUGCAGUCUUUGACCGCAUACGCACGAAAGAGCAGGAUGAUUCAAAAUCAUUUGUAACCCUUCGCCAUCUCGCACAUCUCACGUCUCCAAAGAACACUCGCAAAGGGCCCAGGACGAUCAGUCGCAGCGAGAUGCACUUUUCUCUAGCUCAAAAGGCCCGUCAACAAGCGCAAAAGAUGCGUGAAGAGAGGUUGGAGGAACUCAAACGCCGCGGUAUUCACGUCGAGACUGCAGAAGAGCGGGAGAAGAACCAGAUUGAAAUUGAAGACAUUGUGGCCCAGUUCGAGAAACAAAGGCAAAAAGACCUCAAACUCGCCAAGCUUGAGAAGAAGGAAGCGGAGGCCAAUGGAAUGCCCAUUGACGAACUGCCCUCGAGUGAUGAGUCGGACGAUGAUUACGUUGCCAGUGGCGAAGAGAACAUGGUGGAGGGCGAUGACGACGAUCAGCAAGAUGAGGAAGCUGAGCUCGAUCUCUCUGGCUCUGAAGAUGAAUCAAUGGAGGAUGAAGAUGCCGAAGAUGUCGAGGCCUCCAAUAAUUUGAUUGAUGGAGCCGCCGAGGAGGACGAGCAAUCUGAAGUCGAAGAUGCGCCUAUGCCCGAUGAGUUGGCCGACGAGGACGAUGAGCACAUCGCUCCCGUGCGAAAACAGACAGUAAAAAGAUCCCGGAGAGUCGUCGACGAUGAAGACGAGAGCGACGACGACGCGCCCAAACCUGGUUCACCCACCCAGAAAGCGACCCAAGACGAUGCAAAAGCUGUAUUUGGCUUCGGCAACUCGAACACGGGUCUCGGCCUCACACAGAUGUUCGCAGGGACCAUGGCUAACCUGGACGACUCGCAAGCUACCUAUCAGGAACCAGAGCAGGAUUCUCUGGAUUUCCUCCGAAGCUUACCAGACACCCAACCUGGUGCGAACUCCAGCCAGGCAGAUGACACACUGGUACCUAACAGCCAGUCACUCAUGUCGCCUCGCAAAGAGUUGCAGACUGGUGCCGAAUCCCAAUUCAGCUUGGGUAUAAGUCAGGUAGUCGGACCAAGUCCUUCACGUACUCAGUUCUCAGAAGCUCCUGAGCCUACGCAAGAUGCUGGUUUUUCUUUCUCUCGCUCACCAGCCGGUUUCAUGGCCCCGAUUUCUACCAUGGACACCGUCAUGAUGUCUGUCGCUGAGUCGCCGAUCAAGAAGCGAACGGGCAAGCUCCAGCGCGGUCGCCGCGAAGCUGCCGUCGAGCUCUCCGAUAUCGAGGAAAACCUCAUUGAUGCCGCUUCUGACAUGAGUGAUGUCGAUGACAUCCAGCGACCUCCAAAACACAGAGAUGCUUUCCGCGCUAUGCAGAAGGGUGCAAAGAAGCAGAGGGCCAUCGACGAGUUCAACAAGAAGACGAGUCUGGCUAAGAACGUCGUCGAAGAGCAGGCCGACGAAUCUGAAGACGAGUACGCAGGUAUUGGAGGGAUUAGUGACGACGAAAGCGGCGAGGAGGACGAUGAACUGAAGAACAUGAUCGACCAUAGCGAAGUCAAGGUAGACGAGCGACAGAUCGCUGCCUUCUACGCCGACAAAUCCAAGAAAGAUGACGAGAAGAACAUCAACCAGCUCUAUAAAGAUCUCAUGAACGGUGGUCUCCGCAAGCGCGCCGGCCGCGACGCCUUCGACAUGUCCGACUCUGAAGAUGAAGCCGAGAUGAAGCAACGCAAGAAGCGCGCCGACUUUGCACGCAUGCAAAAAGCACUCAUGAGCGACGAAAACAUCGGCAAGAUUGCCGAGAAUCCAAAACAACAAGCCUUCUUCAAGACGCUUGCCGACUUUGCAGACGAUGCAGACUACGACUUCCUGGAGAUGCCCGAGCCAAAGAGCAUCUACGCUGAGGACUCGGAAAGUCAGUCGCAGUUGGAACAGAUCCAACAAGAUGGAGCCGAGGGCGAGACGGUGGUUCCAGACAGCCAGCUCGCAGCCUCCCAGACAGAUUCGGUUGUCAUGCCUCCACCCAACCUACUGAAGCGCAAGUCUCCCUCGUCAUCUCAGAAGGAGAACCGUGCACCGCCCAACCUCCGCCGCGUCGACAACGGCCUGACACGCCGCCCCAUCACGCUCGCCGACGUGCAGCACUCUGUCUCCGAGCUACUGGAAGACUCGCGCAUCGUAGUGCCAGACAGCCAGUACGCUUCGGAUUCCGACUCUGAGCUCGAGAUUGUCGACCGCCCGAUGCGCAAAGCAGUCGUCGACCGCCUCACGCUAUCCCGGCAGUCCACGCUCGAGGAGUCGCAGUCGCAGAGCAGCGCAGAGGGCCUCGCGUUCCACGCGCCCUCGCGCAGUGCCACGGGGCCCGGCUUUCGCAUCCCCAGCUUGAUUCGCCAGGCGACUAGUACGCUGUCUGCGACGUCGGAGAGGAGCGAGAGGCACAGUCAGAGUGGUGAGGCGGCUGUCAGGAGAGGUGGGACAGGCCGCAGCAAUAUCCACGCCCAGGCCAGAGAGGCGGAGAGGCGGGCGCUGUUGGAGAAGAAGGAGAAGAAGCGCAAGGAGGUGUUGAGGAAGAAGGUGGAUGGAGCGAGGCGGAAGGGCGGGAUGAGGAGUGUGUUGGGGGAUUUGGGGGGUGGGUUCGAGUAG